AUGAAUUUUGACCCUGAGCAAUUAGGAAAUUAUGAUUAAAUCGCGAUUAUGCAAGGAACAAGCUGUUAAUUAAUCUAGUUUACAAAUUAUGAAACAAAAUAAAAAUUGUAUAUCGUUUACGGAAAAAUUAAUCAAAAUAUUCAUUUUAACUAAAAUUUAUUUGAUGUGAUAAAAAAGAAUGAAUGCUUUAGCAUAAUUUCAAUAACAAACUAGGUUUAAAGGAAUGAAGAGAUUUAUAUUUAAAUAGAACAAUGUGAUUUCACUUUAUAUUAAUAUAUGCUCAACAGAAAAUCGCAUCCAUUUUCUUCAGAGGAAAUAUAUGAUAUUUUGAGUUAGAUAAUUAAUGCAUAUACUCAUAUAGCAAAAUAUACAAAUCAAUCUUUGGAAUUAACUCCUUCAAAUAUUUUAGUGAGGAAAUUAAAAAACUAAAAAAUCUUAAUCAAGAUAUUUAUUAAUUUCUUCAUUAACAAGCAGAAGUCAGCUUCGAAUUUUUCGCAUUACAAGGCUCCAGAAGAAUUAAAUAAUUCUUUAGACAUUAACUUAUAAACCGAUAUUUUUUUAGUAAGAUAAUCAAUAUCCUUUAGCUUGGAAUUAUAUUAUAUUAAUUAUGCUACAAAGCUAAACCUACAGAGGGAAUUAACAAUGUAGAUGAACUUAAGAAAUUUUAAGAAGAUUUAAUUAAAAAUAGAUUUAUUGAUCGCCUAGAAAACUAAGAUCGAGAUGGAGUAGAUUAUUUUUUAAAGAAUCUAAUAGGAAAGAUGUUAGAAUAUGACUAGAAUGAUCGAAUUACUUGGAAACAAUUAUCUAUGCUCAAUUAAUUGCAUCCAAAUUUCCACUUAUUAAGAAACAAAUACUAUAUAAAUCUUAAUUAAUCACUUGGCAGAGGUUCUUAGGGAGUGACAUACUUUGUUGAAAAUUUGGAGACUAAUGAAAACUUGUGUGCUAAAGUAAUUGACAUCACUCAAGUAGAAGGUUAAAGAGAACAGGAAAUCUACGAGAAAUUAAUAAAAUAACACAAAAAGAAUAAAAAUGUUAUAUAGAUUAUGGAUAUUAUUCAAUCUUAAGAUGAAAGAUCAGCAUUUUUAAUUAUGGAGAUGUGUGAAUCAAAUAUUGAAGAAUAUUUCAAAAAAAAAAAUAGUAAACUUAAAGAUGUAGAAAUUAUGGAUAUGCUUAAGUAAAUUGUCAAUGGUUAUUGUUAUUUGAAAGAUUUAGAUAUAAUACACAGAGAUUUAAAGCCUUAGAAUAUUCUUGUCAAACAUGAAAAAAAUGCUCCAAUAUAUAAAGUAUUUUGGAUAUAUUAUUAUUAUAGAUCAUAGAUUUUGGGGUGGGAAAAAUCAUAGCUGAUAAAAAUUUUGCAAUCACUAUGGCAGGAACACCAAUAUUUUCUGCUCCAGAAGUUAUUGAUGGAAAACAAUAUGAUUAUUAAUGUGACAUCUUUUCAGUAUUACUUUCUUCUAUUUUAGCUCGGAACCAUUUUGUACUAUUUAAUUUAUUAAGAGUACUAUUUGAACGUUCAUUCUUUAGAUGAUUUAAUUAAACAAUAAUAGAAUUUAUUAUUUCAUCCUCUUAAAUGUUCUAAUAAAGGAAUUGAAAAUAGUGUUCUUUUAGAUAAGUUAAAACAUUAUAUUGAGAAUAUGACCUUAUAUGAACCUAAAAGUAGAAUAACUUGGGAAUAACUAUAGGAAGAAUUGAACCCUUUUAGUGAUAAAUAACAAAAUGCCAAUAAUUAGUUGUAAAAUUAAUAAAGUGGCUCAAAUAAUAACUAAAAUAUUUAAGAUUUAUAAAUGAUCUAAAACCAAUAGGAUUAAGGUCAUAAUGCAAAUCCAAACCAAUAAUAGCAGUAUAAAUAAUAAGGGUUAUCGGGAAAGAUUAAAAUCUUAGACCCAUAAGAAAACUAAAAAUAACAUCUUAUGUAUCCCACUAAUGUUUAAAUUUUUGAGGAAUAAAAUUAAAAAAAUCAUUUUGGAAAUAAAGAAAUACAUUUCUUAAGUGUUGAGUAGAUUCAGGAUAAUUCUUAGUAGAAUUCUGACAAAUUUUCUUAAUAAAAUUAGAUGUAAUAGGAGAAUCAGAACCAUAUUUAAUAAUAGUAAUAAAACUAAUAAUAAUACUAGCUUUAGAACUAAUAAUAAUUGUAAUUAAACUAAUAAUAAUUUUAGUAAUAAAACUAAUAAUAAUAAAACUAAUAAUACUAGUAAUAAAACUAAUAGCAAUAGUAUUAUAUCUAAUAACAGUAAUAAUAAUAGCAAUAACAAUUGCAAUAAUAGUUAUAGUAAUAAUAAUAACAAUAACAAUUGCAAUAAUAGUAAUAGUAAUAACAAUAGUAAUAGCAAUAAUAGUAAUAACAAUAAUAAUAACAAUAACAAUAACAAUUGCAAUAAUAGUAAUAGUAAUAACAAUAGUAAUAGCAAUAAUAGUAAUAACAAUAACAAUUGCAAUAAUAGUAAUAGUAAUAGUAAUAGCAAUAAUAAUAAUAAUAAUAAUAAAAGCAAUAUUUGUAAUAGCAAUAAUAAUAAUAAAAUAAUUAAAAUCAAUAGUAUAUUGCCGAACCAAAUUUUCAGUAUAGGUAAUUACCUCCUAGUUCAAUCAAUUCUCCUAGAGAUAACGAUUGUCCAAAGGUUUUAUAAAUGAUAAGAUAAUUUGAAGGCAAAAUGGAUGUGAUAUUGUAUGUGUCUUGUUUUCUUGCUACAAUCUAACAUGCUUUAUAAAAAUUGUAAUAAGCAAGUAGUUCUGACGAGAAACUAAUUUUAGAAUAUUUUUUAAGAAUUUGUGAAAUAUCUUGUUUAGAAGACCUGAAAGUAUUAAAAGAAAAAUAAUACAUAUACUUAAAUGGAUAAAUUAUGAAGAUAAAUGAAAAAGAUCUAUUAAUAGAAGUUGGUAUUGAUUAUUUGAAUGACGAAAUAAAGAAGAUAGAAUCUUAAUGUAUAUUUUACCUAAUUUAUGAAAAGAUGAAACUUCCAGAUUUUAGAUUAAAAUUAUGUUGGUUAAAUUAAUUUUUAUUAAAAAAAAAAGAACAAUAAUAAAUAACUUGCUAUGACACUGUUGUCUACUUUUAAGAAAUUUUUCUCUUUAUAGAUACGAAUAGAGAUAGAAUUAAAUUUUCAUAAGAGAUAUUUUCAUCUUUACAAUAGGUAGACGAAUUUUACAAAAAAUUUCCAGUGAAAAAACUAAAAGAGUUGGAUAAGAAAGAGAUGAUAAAUUUUUAAUGA